AUGGGCGUUGUUGCAUCCAUCACUUAUAUGAUAUUAAUCGUCCUCAUUAUCCCAUUCGUGUUUUUCAAAUACUUGGUUUCCUAUUCAUCGUUGUCGAAUGACGAUGACAUGCUUCUCAACUACAAAAAUCAAUACAAAGAUUAUGAGAACAAGCAAUUGUUUCCGCACAAUAAAUUGGCGGAGUUUUUGAGCGCUGCUCUUUGUUUGCUCAGUACAAUCAUUCUUGGAUUCUUCGACGACUUGUUCGAUAUCAGAUGGAGACACAAAUUUUUUUUGCCAGCCGUUGCUUCGCUACCCUUGUUGAUUGUAUAUUACGUUGAUUUCAGUGUCACAUCCAUCGUUGUUCCCGGAUUUCUUAUGAGAAAUGGAGUGGGAGAGUUUUUGGUCAUAGUUUUAAACCAAUUGUCACAAAAGGCGAACGGCCUCCUCACCAUGCUCACUGGCCUCAAAUUUACCACCCUCGCUAUUGACUACAAGAUUGAGUCAACCGCUCCAAGACUCUUAGACCUAGGAAUAUUUUACUACGCUUAUAUCUUCAAUGCGAGUGAGAAUGUGAUGCACCCUAGUUUUGCCAAAUUUGAAGGAUCACGAAUUGGCACAGCUCUUUUAGAAUUUCUUGCGAUUUUCAAACUUCUUGAAGUGAGAAGAAAUGAUAAAGGUAAGAUAGAGGAGUUCACGAAUCUCACCAUUAUUAAUCUCACUCUUGUGUGGCUCGGGCCGCUUAAGGAAAGCACUCUUUGCAUCAUCAUUUUAGCUUUCCAAUUUGGACUUGGCAUCUUCAUGCUUCUUCUACGUCACACAUUGGGUCCCUGGGUUUUCGGGUAUGAUAAUUUGAGUUGGGGGGUCAAAUAG